CAGUGGGCUCACCGGCACACAGCACGGACAGCGGCCAUCCGAGUCACUCACCGAGCUGCCUGUCGGUCGCGGCUGACCCCGUGUGCACCCGGACAGCUUUCGCCCGCACGUCCCGCUCCGAAGAUGCCCAGGAAAAGUGAGAGAAUAGAAGAACAUUCAACAAAGACCGAAAAAACAAACGAGGUACUGCGAUCCAGAAAGCGAAAAGCAGAUGUUGCUAUUUGUCUGCAAGAUUUUGACGAAGUUACUGAAGAACAGGCAACGAACCCGUUUGAAGAUAAGGAUUGCUGGAAUAUUAAAACCAACUGUGUGAGUCCUUGCAGAUUCAUUUCAUCGUCACAUAAAAAUUCAGAUGGCAUGAUUACAUCAUAUUCCACAAGUAAUAUUCAAUACAAGUUCAAAAAUGUCUUGGUAACCCCAACUAGAGCUUCACCAUUACCAGUCUUCUGCUGGGCAAAUAGAGAUGAGGUAUGGAAUAUUCUUCUGAAAAAAGAACAGAUGUAUUUGAGAGACAAAGAUGUUUUACAAAAACAUCCUCUCUUGCAACCGAAGAUGAGGACUAUUCUUUUGGACUGGCUAAUGGAGGUUUGCGAAGUCUACAAGCUACACAGGGAAACAUUUUAUUUAGCCCAGGACUACUUUGAUAGGUUUAUGGCAACACAGAACAAUGUUGUAAAGACACGAUUGCAGCUUAUUGGAAUUUCGGCUUUAUUUAUUGCUGCAAAGCUGGAGGAAAUAUACCCACCAAAGUUGUACCAAUUUGCCUUUGUUACUGAUGGGGCUUGCACAGAAGAAGAAAUUCUCAGCAUGGAACUUGUUAUUUUGAAGGCUCUGAAGUGGAGUUUGUGUCCUGUAACCAUUGUGUCUUGGCUUAACAUCUACAUGCAAGUUGCUUUUUUGAAAGAAAUGUAUGAAGUACUAGUACCACAAUACCCCCAAGAAAUAUUUAUUCAAGUAAUGGAGCUACUGGAUCUCUGUAUUUUGGAUCUCAAGUGUUUGGAAUUCACGUAUGGAGUUGUGGCAGCUUCAGCUUUGUAUUACUUUUCUUCUUGUGACCUAGUUCACAAAGUAUCAGGUUUUGAAUGGAGUGAAAUAGAAGGAUGUGUAAGAUGGAUGAUUCCAUUUGCUAUGGCCCUGAGGGAAGUAGGAAGCAUAAAACUGAAGAGUUUGAAAGGUGUCUGUUCAGAGGAUAUGCACAAUAUACAGACACACUCCAACAGUUUGUCACUAUUGGAUAAAGCUCACUCUAAGCAGGCACUGCUGUUGGAACAAAGUUCACCUAUACCUUCUGGAAUUUUAACUCCACCACAAAGCAGCAAGAAACAGAACUCCUGGUGUGGGUCCUUGUGAAAUACACUGGCAACCAUGGCUUAGUGGGUGAAUUUUUCACUUUGAAAUCCAAAUGAGAAUAUGCCUUGAUGCAAUGAACAGAAAAGUUGGGACUUGAUUUGUGUAAUAUUCAAUGCUGAAGACAGCCAGGAAUUUUACUUGUGGCAGUGUCACUUAAUUCUGAAUGUUAAAGCUACUACUUGUAUGACUUGUUUUUAAUAUUGACCUUUUUAUACCUGUUAAUACAGCCAAAAACUCCAACCAAAUAAGGAGUACAUUGAGUAAUCCUGAAUGCUGCUAAGGAGGGUGGCUCUCUGAAAAAUGAACAACAAGGUCAUAGUAUUGAUUUAUAAAAUUGUUUAUGAACUUUAAGCUGCUAUGUUUAUUUUAAAUAAAGGUACAUAUACAUUCUUU